AUGGGUGUCCAGAAGAAGACCAGAAAGUUUGGUGAAGUCAAGCGAGUCAUCGGCAAGAACGAUGCCCGGCGCAAGGAGAACCUGAAGAAGGCGGAAGAGGCUGAGCAGAAGGCGAAGCGUGAAAGAGGCGGUCCGGAUGGCGAGACAAUCGUCAGAGAGAUUCCCCAGGUCCCCUCCCAGAUGUUCUUUGAGAGCAACUCAAGUCUUGUGCCUCCCUAUGGCGUCCUCGUCGAUACCUCAUUCUUCUCCCGUACAGUUCAGAUGAAGUUGCCAGUGAUAGAAACCAUGAUGGACUGUCUCUACGCUACCUGCCACCCCAUCGUGACCGACUGUGUCAUGGCCGAGUUGGAAAAGCUUGGUCCCAAGUUCCGCCUUGCUCUCAGAGUAGCGCGCGACCCCCGUUUCGAACGACACAAGUGCACACACAAAGGAGUGUAUGCCGAUGACUGCCUCGUGUCCAAGGUAUCUAAAGACAGAGUGUACCUCGUCGCAACCAACGAUAAGGGUCUUGUGUCCAGGCUCCGUCGCAUACCCGGUGUUCCUAUCAUGAAGUGUGGACGCGGAAAGUACACCAUCGAGAGAUUGCCCGAUGCCCCGAUUUAA